AUGAAUUCGGUGAAUAUUGCAAAAAAUCUUCUCCAUUUAACACAAUUCGAAUUUUGCUCUGAAGGCUCACCAACAAGUGCUGAUAAAGUUUUUGCUUCACAACAAUUAUUCGAAAUUUUAAAGACAUUUAGAGAUGGCUACUUUCAUGAACUAUAUACUUAUCAAAGUCUCGAUUUUCAUGAUGAAUAUGAUGAAACUACGGAUGAAGAAGACAGUACUGAUGAACAAGAAUCAACUGGUGAAGAACAAAAUAUUGGUGACUAUGAUGAAAAUGAAUCAUUGGAGAUUCAGACUAAUUUCACAUUAGAAGAGAUGGAAAAUAUAAUGAAAUGGGUUAAUGAACAUCCAAAUUAUAAAUUUACAUCUAUUAAGAAUAGAUUUCGAAAAGUCAAAUACAUGCAUUAUGUUACAAGAGUCAGAGAAUACAUGAAGAAGAAUGGCACAAGACUAGAAAAAAUAAAAAAUAUCAAAGAAUUUAUGUAG